AUGGCCACUGAUACUAAGACAAAAGCAUCAGAGAGUGACUGUUUCAGUGAUGUAACAGAUGCGGAUAUAGACUCCUUCCUUCAAGAGCAACUAAAUAAAAAUACUUCCAAGAAAACAAAGUCUGAUUUGAAAAUUUUCCAAUUGUUCUUAAAAUCAAAACAUGAGGAAACCAGAAACAUUGAACAAAUACCACCACAACAGUUGGACAGAUAUCUUAGAGUUACUGAACAUUACAAUUUAUGUUGGGGUGAUAUAUCACUAAAAGUUGACACAAAUGGAGACGAAUACCUUCAGUAUUGUCGUGAAAGGCAAACAAAAACAAGACAGGGCGAAAAUAUAACAAAUCUAAGAAAAUCAGGACCAAUCGCAGUAGAAAACAAAAUUGACCGCACCAGAUGUCCUGUGUUUCAAUAUAAACUUUUUCGACAAAAAAGCCCAGAAACCAUAAAAAAAGAUGAUUCCCCUUUUUAUAUUCAGGCUUCAACGUUUCAAGAUGAUAACUAUGAAUCAAAAGUUCUUUGGUACAAAAAUCUAAGACUUGGAACUAAAUCCAUUGCUAAAAUAAUAAAAGAUAUGGCCACGGAAGCACUACCCAAUAACGAUAAAAGACUCACUGGCCAUAGUGCAAGGAAGGGUUCAAUCCAAAAACAGAAAGACGAUGGAGUGUAA